UUGUCACAUUUUUUUGCUGAACAAAAAGCUCGAAUUCCCCCAUUGAAGAGAGAGAAAAGGAAGAGAGAGAGAGAGAGAAAUGGCGAGAGAUAGCUGCUUGGCGCGUGUGACGGCUGGGGUGGCCGUCGGUGGUGCAAUUGGUGGCGCUGUUGGUGCUGUUUAUGGGACAUAUGAGGCUGUUAGAUACAAGGUUCCCGGCUUAAUGAAAAUUCGAUACAUUGGCCAAACUACUCUGGGAAGUGCUGCCAUUUUUGGUCUCUUUUUGGGAGCUGGAAGCUUGAUACACUGUGGAAAGUCAUACUGAGGAUCUCUUUACUCUUUUUGUCUCAAAGAGUAUAGAACAAUAUCAUCAACAUUAUCAGAAGCAUGCUUCGUGUUCUUCCAAUUUGCUUUUCAUUCUGUAAUUUUCCGGUUCAAACCGAGUUUUCUCUUAGCUUUUACCUCCAUUUAAUGGUGGAGCCUUACCCGUUGUGAAUCUUGAUUAGUCGAGCUAGUGGAUUUCAGAGACCGGAUGGGUUAAACGAAAAAGAAGUGUUGGAGAGUUUCACUCGUAAAAGUCGAAAUUCGAGAACAAUAUCAAAGAGUUCGAAGAUGUGUGUGUCAUGAGUGAUUUAAUAAUCCUUUAGCAUUAUUUGAGGAACUUAUUCAUUUAAACAUUAUCUCAUUCAUGGUAUGGUAAAGUCCAUGCAAAAAGAAUAAUAUAUUGGGUUGAUUUAAGUUGAAACAAA